UUAUGAGGAGAGGAAACGUGUUUCUAUUGAACCUAUAAUUUUUAAUUAAUUAUUAUAAUAAUUAAUUACUUAAUGGUGUAAAUAAAUUACAAUUACAAUAAAGAUGACAAAAUUAUCGGUAACGGUGUUACUGGCAAUACUAUUAACGAUUGAAGCAGGACCAGUCGUCACCAGGGAAAGUCUGAGGCGUCAAGAAUUCCAAGGCACUAAAUGCUCAGAACUAUUGACUUUAAAUGGUGUGUAUGCUUUCGUGGAGCAACUGACCAAUGUAACCGGUAUCCCGGCUGACAUGAGGGUGCAUUGGAAGACUGGAAAUAUCUUCUAUACAUUAAUAAGCAACGAAAUGAAGAUGAGUCUUCAAAUAUUACGAACCAGUGGUGAAGUUGAUACAAUCAAAGUAGCAGGACUUGGUCAAUCGACUAGCGUAGAUAACCUAAAUGACAUCGUGUACUUAGCUACAGAUAACGGUGUCUACAAAUAUAAAGAUGACGGAUCUAUUGAGCUAUCUACAGCACUAGGUGAAGACGUAAUGUAUGUAGCUGUUACUAACGAUGGAACAGCGAUGUAUAUAGCGACAUGGCCGCAAAACAGAGUUCAUAAGAUCAACAAUGAAACUCAAUCUUUGGAGAUAUUUAGUCCUAUUUCGAAUGGGCAUGGUUUGACAAUUGACACAAGGAAUAAUAUUUUCUUCGUCGAUAUUGCUACUGAGAUUUUGUAUGUACUCAAAAAUGGGGAGACAGUGCCUAUAAAAAUUAAAGAAGUGCGUUCAGAUAAGAUGAUCAAUGUAUUUGUAAGCAGGUCAGAUGAUGUUUACGCUAUGGAUGGGAAUAGUAAUUACUAUCAUAUUGACGUUGACAAUGAAACGGCGAAAUUUGUGCGUAAUUUUAACUUGACAGGUGUUAACACGUUUGCUAUGGAUUCAAGUGAUAACAUAUUGAUCGGUGUUAAAGGAGCCAUAUUUAAAUAUUACAUUUAUGAUAAAAAUCCUUGCAACGAAGUACCCAUGUAAGAGAGUUUAUUUCUUUACUUC